CAAAACUCCACAUGUGUUCAUUCAUAGUAUUGAUGCUUUCAGUAAGAAUCUACAAUGUAAAUAGAAAAUAAAGAAAACUCAUUGAAUGAGAAGGUGUGUCCAAACUUUUGGCCUGUACUGUAUAUUUUAAAAAAAUAUUGUUAUUGCGCAAAAGCGAACGUGAUAUCAGAGAGCAGAAGGAGGAUUAGCGAGGCACAGCUAAUGGCUCAACUGCUCCCCGUUAUUCCUUAAAAAACGAGAAUUAGCUUAUAAUGCUUAAUCCACCUUCUUUCCAGAAAUCGGCACAUUUUUGGUUAGAGGACACAAUGAGGCACCAGCAGUGCCCUAUUUGCCACGUCACAUACUCGAAUCUUCCUAAGCACCUGACGGGAUUCCACAACGUGGCGAAUCCCAAAGAGAAGGCCCUGCUCCUGAGCCUCUCCAGCGGACGCGUGAAGGGAUUGUUCCGAUGUGAGGAGCCUCAAUGCGGGAAAACGGUUAAAAGGCUCGACAGGCAUUACGCAGAAUGCCACAUUGAUAAAACGUCCGAUGAAGCUAAGAGCAUUGUCACAAGGUGCAAAAAUCAAUACAUCUUGGAACAGCUAGGAAAACUGAGGGAAACCCAUCCCCAAGUGCUGAUGGUCAGCGUGCUGGAUUUGGGCGGCAGGCAGACCACCCAGGAUGACCGAUGGACCCGACCACCCCCCGACGCACCAGAGACAUCGGCGGACCCAGCCUGCAGCCAGGGACAUCAACGGACCUCCCGUUUGCAAGCGGGAUGCCUGGGACUUCUGGGGAAUUCCCGCCUGAAAGCGGAAGUCCUGGGGACGUCCAUAGACAUCCCAACCGACACUGAAACACCUGGAAUGUCCACAGAUGUCAAACCAGAGCCAGCGCCGGCGGAGACCACCCAGGACCUCACACCCAACUGCUCAAACACAGACUGCCAGCGGCUCCUGAGAGAAAAUCAGGAGCUCAAGGCACGUCUGGGUUUGGGUAAGGGAGAAUGCCCCAGGCAGGACUGCCAGCAUAAAAGCCAGGAGCUUUCCAGGCUGGUGCAGCUCUACAUGGCAAGCCCCCAAAAGAAGCUCCGAAAUAAAUUUUCCAGAAAGGAUGAUUUUGAAACAGAGCAUGCCCCAAAAUAUGAACAAGUCCUACAAGACUUUUUUGUCUUCUGUGUCGGGGCCAAUCCUUCAAGCAAAGUGAAAGACAACGGCAAUACCUGCCGGAGCCACGUCCGCAGGUUUCUUUUGUUUGCAGGAGAGGGCAAGCUCCUGAAGGGGGACUUUUCCUUUUUAGCCGACUCAACGAAGAUUGCAGAGUGGGUGGAGGUUCUUAAAACAGACAGAAUGAAACCCACGACCAUAAGAAUUAAUCUAGUAAACAUCCACAAGUUCGUCAAAUUCCUAAACAACCUGCCUGCAGCCCAAACAAAACUCAGUGGGAGGGACUUCCAAAGGAUCCAUGCACAGAUAAAGGCGCGUCUGAAGGAUCUACAGAAGGACGUCACUCUACAUAGUCAAAAGUUUAGAAAGGAGAACAAAAGUUCGAGAAAUAAUGCCGAAAGAACUGCGUAAUGUUAGAAAUAUGCUUUAAAAUUUUUACUAUAACCAAUAACAUUGGCGUAGGAACCGGGGGGGAUAAUAUUUGAAACAGGUGGAUUCCAAUCAUGGAGCUGGUUCAGGGAGAAAGUUCCGCCUCUCAGGAGAAAGAGGCAAUUAGCUUGCUUGUUUUGCGGAGCUCGGAGGAGAGUCUGCUGGUGGGGGGAAACACUCCCCCUCGCUGUGAGUUUUAGCAGCAGCUGAUAUUAAAACUAAUCUGGAUAUACAGAGAUUUUUCUAAAAGAAAGGUAACGGAGCUAACAAUGUAAACUGUGAUGAGCUUGUUUCUGAUAACUGGUUAAAAAGACUCGUCUCUGAAUCAAAACGCACAGAUCAAAUCCUCAGUGCACUUAAUAAAAUACAGCUUGUGAGUUAGUCAGCUUAAUUUAGGAAUUAGAUAGAUAGGGUGUCAGGGUUUAAGGAAAAAUAUAUAUAUAUAUAUGUAAUGUUCAGCUUGCCCAGGUGUACCUGAUCAGCUAAUCACUUUUUCUUUUUCAAAUUGUGUUCAUUAAUUUAGGAUUGCAGGACCUACUGUCAGCUAUAAUGAACAAAACAACUAGUUAGCUAGAAGAUGGGUGUAGUGGAUAGCCAGAAUUUAGUAAAAUAUUUUGUCGGUAGUUUAAAGCAGUUUUUUUUUUUUAACCCUGGUCACUGCCUUGGGUGCUACCCACAAAUAAUAAUACUAAUAAUACUAAUAAUAAUAAUAAUAAUAAUAAUAAUAAUAAUAAUAAUUAUAAUAAUGUCCCCUUCUACACAACAAAAACACAGACAGUUAAUAAUAAUGACAAGAACAACAAAAAUAAUAUAAAAAUUACCUUGACUGUAGUUUGGGAGGUUGAGUUAAAUUUACCCUCCUGCACCUUCAUCUUAAGGUGCCUGAGGAUAAUUUGUUGACCCAAUCGGAUUCCCUCUGUGGCUGACUCCCUCCACAGAGUGACAUCAUACUGUUGGUCUGCACACUGCAAUGAGAUGUCCUGCACCGGCACAGACCCAUCUUUCGUUGUUUUUAAUUUAGUUGCACUCAACUAAAACAUAAAAAACACAACUGAAAAUUAGUGGAGUAAUGAAUUACUCAUUAUUAUUCAUUAUUACUCAGUGUAAUUUAUCUAGUUUAAAAUUACAAUUGUAGUAUUUUCAUUAGGUCAGUUUUAGUUUUUGCUGAGCAAAAAAUGUUGCAGUUCUAGCAUACAGUCAGUAACAGAUACUGUAAAUACUAAAUGCAACUUAAGAAUAUUUUUAGUUGGAGGAUCCUUGCUUAGAACUUAGAACUCCAGGCCAAUAUUUUAUAAACGUAUAUUCCUUUAAAAAUUACAAAAACAUUAUUGGAGACAAUCAGUGAUUUUAAAGUAUUGAAUUAUUGUCCACAGAUUUAAGUAUUGUCGCACUGUCACUAACAUAUGGGACUUACUCUAAUGAUGUUGCCCUCCACUGUGUAGAACUGUUCACCAUUCCCUGGCUCCUCAAACUUAACGGAGAGGUAGCAGACAGCGCGGUCGCACCAUGCCUCUAAGUCAGUGGUCACAGGAAGACUUGCAGAUUUAAACUACAGUAGAAGAGGUGAAGAAUAGCUUCAUCUCCCCAUAGCGAGUAGUUAGAUUGAAAUUCUUAAUAAUGUAGGACUGUCCAUCAAUUAAUGAACAAUCCAUUUUUCAGAUGGGCGACAAUACAUUGUCGCCCAUCAGAGAGC